GGAGGAACCCUGGUUGAGAAACCCUACUCUGGAGGAACCCUGGUUGAGAAACCCUACUCUGGAGGAACCCUGGUUGAGAAACCCUACUCUGGAGGAACCCUGGUUGAGAAACCCUACUCUGGAGGAACCCUGGUUGAGAAACCCUACUCUGGAGGAACCCUGGUUGAGAAACCCUACUGUGGAGGAACCCUAAUUGAGAAACUCUACUGUGGAGGAACCCUGGUUGAGAAAACCUACUCUGGAGGAACCCUGGUUGAGAAUGGCUGCAGUUCACUAAGUAGUAGAUGACCAUGAGCUGGUUUGUGGCCAGUGAACUCCCGCGACAUGCAAUGCUCAACGACUUAGCAACCAGGCUGAGAACGACCUUCACGAAAACCAGUAC